AUGUCUUUCUCCCAGUUCGGAUACCCCUACAGCACCACUUCGCAGUUCCUGGUGCCCGGCAGCCCCGGCGCGUCCUGCUGCGAGCCCGCUCCCCGCUCCGGCCCGGAUGCGUCCUCGGCGCCGGCCGCCGCCUCGCUGUGCUGCGCCCCGUACGAGAGCCGGCUGCUGGCGCCCGGCCGCGCCGAGCUCAAUGCGGCGCUGGGCAUGUACGGAGCCCCGUACGCCGCCGGCCAGGGCUACGGCAACUACCUGCCCUACAGCGCCGAGCCCGCCGCCAUCUACACCGCGCUGAACCCCCAGUAUGAGAUCAAGGAUGGCGCCAGCACGCUGCACUCGGGGAUCACGCAGCCCGCCGCUUACUACUCGUACGAGCACUCCCUGGGGCAGUACCAGUACGACAGGUACGGGCCAGUGGAUUUCACCGCUUCGGCCCGGCGCAAGAAUGCCACUCGGGAGACGACGAGCACCCUGAAGACGUGGCUGUACGAGCACCGCAAGAACCCGUACCCCACCAAGGGCGAGAAGAUCAUGCUGGCCAUCAUCACCAAGAUGACCCUCACCCAGGUCUCCACCUGGUUCGCCAACGCGCGGCGGCGGCUCAAGAAGGAGAACAAGAUGACCUGGUCUCCCAAGAACAAAGCGGGGGAAGAGAGAAAGGAGGACGGCACGCGGCACGACGGGGAGUUCGGCGCGGGGAGCGACGGCCGAGAGCGGAAGAGCUGCAAGGAGGACAAGGAGCUGCGACUCAGCGACGUGGACGACCUGGAGGAGGAGGACGAGGAGGAUGAGGACGAGGAGGAAGCGGGGAAGGCGGCGAAGGGCCGGCCCGGCUCUCUGCAGGAAGCCCCCGGCCCCGGCGCGGCUCUGCCCGGUGCCCCGCGGAGCGCCUGCAGCGUGCCCGGGCCGUGCCGCGCCUUCCCCUGCCCCCGGGUCCCCUCCGCGGCCCCCGCUGCCCUCGCCCCUCCGCCGCCCUACGCGUCCCCGGAGAAGCCGCGCAUUUGGUCGCUGGCCCGCACGGCCGGGGCCAACGCGGCGCGCAGAGGCAGCCCCGAGGGUCGCGGUACGGAGGAGGGCGGCGGGGCGGCGGGGGAGCUGCCCCCGGCCGCAGAGGCCCCGUUCCGGAGCUCCGCCUUCAGCCCCCAACCCGUCCCGCGGAGCUGCGCGUCCCACCGCGGCCAGGGGCAGCCGUGCCAGUACGCGGCGGGCGAAGGUACCCGCGCCGGCGGGGCGGCGGGGGGGACGGGGCGGACGGGGCUGCCGCUUCCUGCGCGCCCGCGGCCCUGA